AUGGAAGUCACAUCUUAUCAUCACACAGAGGAUUCACACUGGAGAGAAGUCAUAUCAGUGUUCUGA